CCAACAACUGCUCGACACAAUAAGCCAAAUCAAUCAAGCAAUUUACUUGCAAAGCAUGUCAACGCUAUCGACGAUAAACAUCACGCCUUCCUAAUAAAAUGUGAUGGUGAUGCAGAAUCUGGAAAGCCCGCGACCCCCAACUUUGUAAAUAUGACAACUCGCCUCGCAAAAACAAACAGGCAUGAAAUUACUGAAAAACUGACAAUAAAGAAAUUGGAGAAAAAAAUCCUCUGCAUGUUAUUUGAAUCCAAAGAACAUUUCAAUUCUCCAGAGCUUUUACAGCUUUUCAUUGAGUUAAAGGACGCAAUUAGAUUGGAUCGAUGCAUAAAACCUAUUUUGGUCAUCAUCUAG